UUCACUUCACUUCAAAAACAAACAAAAAGCACCGCAGCGCACAAAGCAAUGGUGGACUCGGACCCACCCCCCCCUCCCAAUUCUGACCACCUGGCCCUACAACCUCCACCGCUGCCGCCACCGCCACCACCAUCCACACCCGCCAAACCCGCAUUCACCUUCCCUCAGAGGCCCCCCAUAAGAGUGACCACCCAGUUCGACAGCGACAGCUCCAUUUUCUUCCACAAAGUCUCCUGCAAGUUCCUCAACUCCCUCGCCAAGCUCAAGCUCUCCUUCCAGAACGACAGCAAGGGAGAGAUCAUCCAACCUCAAGUCACCUUCGUCUCCAAGCACCUCUCCAUCAACUACGAUCUCGAGGCCCAGAAUGCCCUUCUCAAUACCUCUCUCGAGAUCGGCCCCAGAUUGCAGCUCAGAGCUUUCCAUAAUGUCAAGGAACAACAAGGACAACUGUCAAUGGUUGCAAACAUUGCUGAUCCUGGCUAUGCAUUGGAGUUGUCAUCUCUAGUUCCAUCCGUUGGUCCGCCAAGAGCAACCCUUAAAUUUCCCCUUGGUGAAGUAUCAUUAGAGGAGCGAGAUGAUGAGGAAGUAAAGAAAGCAUUGUCUAUAAAUGGGAUUCUUAAGGGCCAAAUUUUGAAUGGAGUCUGCACUGCUCAAUACCAGGAUGAAGAUUUGAAACUAAGAUACAUCUACAAGGAUGAGGAAAUGUCAUUUAUCCCAAGUAUUUCUUUGCCUUCAAAUGCAUUUUCAUUUGCAUUCAAGCGUCGGUUUGGUCCUUCAGACAAAUUGAGCUACUGGUACAAUUUUGAUUCCAACUUCUGGAGUGCGGUGUACAAGCACACAUAUGGCAAGGACUUCAAGUUUAAAGCUGGUUAUGAUUCGGAGGUGCGCCUUGGCUGGGCAUCUCUUUGGGUUGGAGAUGAAGCUGGACAAGCAAAGACAGCUCCAAUGAAGAUGAAAGUUCAAUUCAUGCUCCAAGUGCCACAAGAUGACAUUAGAUCUUCAGCCUUAAUGUUCCGGGUUAAAAAGAGAUGGGACAUAUGAUAAGUCUGUUUCUGGAUGGCCUCUUCUUCUUUCUUAUACAUUAGAUGGGUUGGUUCUAUAUAGUAGUGCAGUCCUGUUGUAAGCUUAUUGCUACAUAAUGCACAUUAAUAUGUUAAGUUUCUAUUUCAAAAUCAGAAUUUUAGUAACCAUCAUGUGACAGGAAGAUCCUACAGAAAUUUUUGGAAUUUCAAC